AUUUUUUCACAACAUUGUGUAUUAUUUCUGUUCUAUUUAUAUUUUUCAUUGUUACAUAUGGUGCACUAAUUGAAUAUUGUCUUAUGUAAUAUUAAUUUAUUUGAAAUGUUAUGAAUUUAGCACUUUGGGUUGCUUUAGGGAGAAACAUUUUUUGUAUGGUACAUAGCUGGAGAAUUGACAGUAAGCUUUUCAAAUGUGGAAUAACAUUUUGUCUGAGGUUUUUUUUUUUUUUUUUUGGAUAACAGAUUUUUCCAUUAGCUACUGGAGGCAGUCAAAUGAGAACUAUCAGUGCUCUGGACCACUUAAAAACUACAAAAUCUAUGCCACUAAAAACUACAACCACAAUAACAUAUAGUAUUUUAAGUUUGUAUUCAAAUACGUACAAUUUCAUACGUAUAAUUUAUUGACAUGGUUGAUGUUAUAAAAACACGUUCUUUUCUAUCAAUUACCUAAUGAUUUAUGAUCUCGGCACCGGUAGGCUGUGGCUGGAGUAUACUGCCAUCUAGCGUCAGAUAGAGGAAACGACUGAUGUAGCUACAGCCAGUCCAACAAUAAAUAUUAAACUCACGACAUGUGAAUGAUAGAAAAUGGAUUAAAGAUCAUUUUGAUAUUGCCACAUAAAACGGUUAGUUUCUUUAGUUCAGAAUUUAGAUAAACAUGGCGUUUAAGAACUCAAAGUUUACUGGUACCGGAAGUGAUUAAUCACAGUCAUUUUGAACUAUGACCCCCACAUUUGUUGUGUUUUUUUUACGUUCUUUUAAAGUCAUGCUGGACAAUAAAUUAGCAGGAUCAAAGAGAUUCUCGGCACCGUGUCAUUACACCGACUCCAGCUCGACAUUACCCCCCCGGCGGUAUGCAUUCUUUCCCGGGAUGGGCAGCACCGCACCGAGGAGGCGCUGCUGCUGCUUCUUCAGGAGCUUUUUGUGGGUGUGCGCUCUUGUAUUUAAGCAUCAGCUAGUAAAGUCCCAACAUUUUACUGACUGAACAGACAACAUGGAGGCCCCUUCAGGUUCCUUCAAGAACCCCAUCAGGUUUCAGGAUCAGGACUUUGAAACCCUGCUGGGAAAGUGUCUCAAUGCUGGGGAGAUGUUCUCUGAUCCGUUCUUUCCAGCCGAGCAAAAGUCCAUCGGCAUGCCGGAGGAUGACGACCCCACCAAGGCGAUCAAGUGGAAGAGACCCAAGGACAUCAGUGAGAAUGCUGUGUUUGUGGAAGGCACCACCGGUACCACCGACAUCUGCCAAGGUCAGCUAGGUAACUGCUGGCUGCUGGCGGCGCUGUCCUGUCUUACAAUGCAUCCUAAACUUUUCAUCAAGGUGGUUCCGGCCAACCAAAGCCUGUCCCAGUCUUAUGCAGGCAUCUUUCAUUUCAGGUUCUGGCAGUAUGGUGAGUGGGUGGAGGUGGUUGUGGAUGACAGGCUGCCAGUACGAGAGGGCCGUCUGCUCUUCAGCUAUUCUCACACCCGCAACGAGUACUGGAGCGCCCUGGUGGAGAAGGCCUAUGCCAAGUUAAUUGGAUCAUACGGAAGUCUGAAGGGGGGCAACAUUUCCGAGGGGAUGGAGGACUUUACAGGCGGCAUCGCAUACUCCCUGCCGGUUUCCUCUCAUACGCCUCGGGUCUUGUGGAGGUUACUGACAGCUGCCCUUGCUCGAGGCAGCCUGCUCAGCUGCUUUAUUCAGGCCAACAACUACCGGGAAGUAGGUAAAAUAAACAAAGAUGGCCUUAUAAAGGGCCACACCUACGCCAUCACUGAAACAGACCAGGUGAAACACGUGUCAGAUGAGAUUUUGCUCCUGAGAUUGAGGAAUCCUUGGGGCUUUGUUGAAUAUAGUGGACCCUGGAGUGACAAGGGCAAGGAAUGGGAUGACGUAUCCAAAGAAGAGAAAGAAAGGCUCGAAAUGAAAAGAAAGGAAGAUGGAGAGUUCUGGAUCAGUGUUGAUGAUUUUAGCAAGAAGUUUGAGUAUGUGGAGCUCUGCAGUGUUAAUCCUGACACCCUUGUGGAAAGAAACAGAGCAGACCCUCUCAGCUCGUCGUCAUCCAAAUGGACGAUCAACGAGCAUGAAGGGUUGUGGCUACAAGGAAGCUCCGCCGGUGGAAGCCGCAAAUACAACCGAUCAUUUUGGAAGAACCCCCAGUUUGAGUUGGUUCUUACGGAGCAGGACCAGCCUGAGGAGGACGAUGAGGAGGACGAAGCGGAGGAGGACGAUGAGGAGGAGGACAGUACGCCACAUGAGAGCAAAAAGACAGAGAAACAGAAGCUGAAAGCAAAAAAGUGCACUGUGUUGGUGGAAGUCCUGCAGAAAGACAGAAGGCGGAGGGAUAAAGUCCACUUCCUCUACAUCGGUUUUCACAUUUACAAGGUUCCCCCCGAGCUUCAAGGUAUGUGUCUGCAGCGCAACUUCUUCUUGAAAAAUCGCCCCGUUGGUCGCUCAGGGAAAUACAAGGCUCAAAGGGGAGUGUGGAGGAAGGUACACCUGGAUCCGGGUCACUACGUCAUCGUCGCAUCCACCUAUCGACCCAACCAGCCUGGAGAGUUCUUUGUGCGCAUCUUUUCCAAGACUGGGAACACUUUGGGGACUCAGGACUUUAUGUGCUCUUCUGGCUAUCUCCCGGUGAUGGCAGCUCCUGUUGCCCCGGAGGAAAAAAUGAGAGUUUUGAGGGCUUUUGAUGAAGCGGCUGGAUCAGAUGACAGGUUGAACGUCAAAGAGCUCAUGAAGCUGUUCAACUCAGUCUUGGACAAACAUUACCACCUGCCACUGGAGACGUGCAGACAGAUCAUUCUUGGAAAGGAUACUAAAGGACGAGCAAGUCUCAAUCGUCAGCAAACUGAAGACCUGCUCUCCGAUCUACGCAACCUGCAGUUAAUCUUUUUCCACUUUGAUGAGGACUCUUCUGGGACCAUGAGUCCUUUUGAACUCACUGCAGCUCUACUGGCCGUGGGAAUGAAGUGUGAUAGUAAAAUCGUCCAGCUGCUCUCUGAGCGCUUUGCAUCUGGAGAGCUUCACCUGCCCUUCCAUGGCUUUGUGGCUGCUGUCACACGGCUGCGAAAACUCUUUGCGCUGUACAACGCAGAGACCAGUCAUGAGGUAAAAGACAGAGGGAUCAACUCUUGGCUCAUUCACUUUCUGGUGGUGUGAGGAGGGUCUCCACAUGGACUCAGAAUAGCGUCAAUGCAUACGCAGCUGUUUUUCCUUCUUGUCUUCAUCUAAUGCUGCCGUUUCAACAUUUUCCAAAACCUUUCAAAUGAUGUGUAUUCCGGAAAAGUAGACGACAGUUAAGCAAAAAAUAAAUAACCUCACACUGCGAUGCAUCAUGAUAUUGUAAUAUUUCAGUUAUCAUACUCAUAUAUCAUGUUGAGAGGGCUCUAAUGAUGUUAAAAACUGCAUUUAGAAAGUCGUAAACAGGUUUUCAUGGCUGUAGACAAACCGUAUGUUGUAUGAUGCAUGUUGCUAUAAAUGUGUUCCGUUACCGGAAUUUAGGGUCCAGAGUUGAGUUUCAGUUUUGUGUGGGUAACCGACAAAGAAGAUGGAUGGAUUUUUUUAUAGUAUUUUUCAAGCGCUUUUGUAAAAUCCAUUAUUCAUUCACUCCUCAGUCACACAUACUGGUGGUGGUGGUAAAUUACAUCCGUAGCUACAGCAGCCCUGGGGUGGUCUGACUGAAACAUGGAUGCCAAUUUGUGCCGACACCAGUGUGGGCAGCACUGGAGGCAAGGAAGAGGGAGCAGGGAUUGAACCGAAAACCUUCCAGUUUUUGGAUGACUUGCUCUACCUCCUGAGACACUGUCGCUCCUUAACAAUUAGUGACUAUUAAUGAUAAUAAUAAUUGGAGGUAUUCUAAGCGAGAUCACCAUUUUAAUACUGAAGAAUAGAAUGCGUCAUUCAUAAAAUAUAUAGAAUUCAGAGAUAAUAUGUGUGUUAUUAGAAUUUACUUCAACUUUUUGGUUAAAAAUGUUUAGAAAUGGGCUUCAUGGCGGACGAGUGGUUAGCGCGCAGGCCACACAGCUAAGAAACCCGAGUUCAAUUCCACCCUUGGCCAUCUUCAUGCGUGGGUUUUCUCCUGGGACUCCGGUUUCCUCCCAAAUUCCAAAAAGAAUGCUAGGUUAAUUGGUGACUCCAAAUUGUCCAUAGGUAUGAAUGUGAGUGUGAAUGGUUGUUUGUCUAUAUGUGCCCUGUGAUUGGCUGGCCACCAGUCCAGUGUGUACCCUGCCUCUCGACCUAAGACAGCCGGGACAGGCUCCAGCACACCUGUGAUCUUCGUGAGGAUAAGUGGUAGAAAAUGAAUGAAUGUUUCUAAAUGGUUUGAAAAUACUACUACUACCUUUUGAAGUACAUGGGCAGUAUCCUUCUCCAAAAAAUCUUUGUUAUAAAUGUCUUGGAUAUACAAUUCCCUAAAUUAAUUUAUUCAUUCACAACAGAAUAAAAAUGCUAUUGCAACUGUCAAAAAAAACAACAAAAAAAGGCUUUUCCUCUCUAUGAAAGGACAGCAGAGAUGAACAAUCUUAGUUUUCUGCCCAGUAUUUGAUCAGGGAAUAUACAAAUGUAGUGAUUUUUACGAAAUAAAAUAAACACCUGACUGAUCUAAGUAUAAGUACCAUUAUUCUGUGUGAGUUUGGAAUGAUACUACCAAAAGAAAGGCAAUAGUUCAUGCUGUAUUUAAUAUCCAACCACAAGCAUCACUGCGGCCCCAACAGUUUACUCAUCAUGUACCCAAGAGCAUAGCCCGGCUAAUAUCUAUGAACUUACUGACACACGCACAGCGAGAAUGUGCGAUGCGGUGAUGUCUCAGCAGCGCUACACGCACACUCUCUAUUCUUAUCACACUGACGCCAUGUACAGCGUCAAACACACCCUCGCUCCCUAUAUCCAUCCCUCCCUCACUCAUGUUCUCUCUAGUAACCGUCUGAGUCGCACUAUUUGCAACCUCUUCCCAGUGUCACACAGAUGCUCUCAUACGCGCGCCAAUGUCCCUUCUUCACCUGCUGCUAUUCUUAGCUCCUUUUGCUGCUCUCACACCACCUUGUGUUCAUUAUGAAGUGAGUGCACCUCAGCUGCUUCCUGAUGGAGUGGAGAGGAGGAAGUCAGAUGACUGGCAAUUGUUGUACAACCUCUGAUGUCCAUAGGAAGUCAUAUAAAUCAUCAGCUGCCACCUUUUAUAAAACCUUUGUCAUACAAGUGUAAAAAGAAGUUAGGAGCUGGAAGUUUGAUCAGUUUGUUUUUGUAAAAAAACAAAAAAGGCCGAUGUAGCUUAAUGUUAGCACUUAAGCUCACAUAGUUAUGACAGUGUUUCCUGGGUACUCCGGUUUCCUUGCUU